UACUUGAAUGAACGUGAUCUGGAGGAUAUCAUCUUCAACAGUGAGUUGGGUGUUACGAGAGCACUGAUGCAGAAACUGACCCAUAAACUGAUGUCAAGAGAAAAAAUUAACUACAGACAUCUCACUGAUGUGCUGGUGGACUCUGAUGGUAAUGUGAGGUUUACGCCUGGUGAAUGUGAGAACCCGCCCGAUGUGAACGCUUUACUGAAAGGUUUUGGUCUGCAAGCUUACAAAAAUUCGUUGCAACCUCAAGUCAAUGGUGAUGCAAAUAUAUCAUCUUCACCUGAUGGAACUGUCGUAAUCAACGGCAACGUCGUAAACAUAGCUCAAAAAUUGGCUUUGCUGAAGAAAAGUGAAGGAGAACGUGAUCAAGCUAAAACUACAGUUGCCGAACAGACAGCGCUUAUCGAGCAACUGCGUGGGAGUAAGCAUGAUCUUGAGAAAAAGAAUAGAGAUUUGGAGAAGGAAGUGGAUAAGUACAAAAAGCGGCUUGAUGAGAGUAGCAGUGCGUUGAAGCUCUCUAAGGAUAAAAGAUGUGUUGAAGUUAAGUUUGAAACACACAUUGUCGUGGUCGUCUGGUGGGAAAAGGUUGAAUUUCAGUCAUCAUUGGACUCGAACAUAUCCCUCAAGUCUGCUCUUUCGGACUGCAAACGAUACGCAGAUCGAAUAACCUCAGCAGUAGAGCGAGCGUGCCCACCUCCGCCUCCCGUGAAACGCGUUGAAGAGGAAGUCAAGGCUGAACAUCCUGCAGAUGGAGUUGAUGAUUCAGAUGAGCCCAUCCCCGCUGAAAUUGUUCUCACUGAAGAAGUAGGGGAAGAAAACGAAGAGAAGACGGUGUAG